AUGGACCUGCCACAUUAUGGCAAACUGAUUGAUCAAUCUGAAUCAUCGAAUUCCAAUGUUGUGGUGGAGGAAAACGGCAAGUCAUAUUCUGCAGCUCUUCAAACCGACAAGCUCGAGGAGGAUAAAAGGAUUACCAACGGGGUUUACGUGCCUUAUCCUGCCCUCCUUAGUGGGAUGCACCGAGAGGCUCACGAGAGAGAGGCUUGGAGAGCUGGAGGGAUUCGAUUCGCCCCCCUUCGUGUGCCCUUUAAACGUCGUAUGCAGACAGCAGCAGUCCUUUUCCACUCUAUGUCUAUUGUCGUGCUGGUGUCCUGUUUCUGGUUCAGCUGCGCGAACCCCCUGACCUGGCCCAUCCUCGUUCCUUACCUUAUUCACCUGUCGUUUUCUAACGCAGCGAUAGACGGCAAACUUUCUUACAGAUCUGAAUGGCUUCGAUCGUUGCCGCUUUGGAAGUUAUUUGCGGGAUACUUUCCAGCCGCGCUUCAUAAGACAUUCGACCUUCCUCCCAACAGGAAGUACAUUUUUGGAUAUCAUCCGCAUGGGAUCAUUUCCCAUGGCGCCUGGUGUGCCUUUGCUACCAACGCAUUGGGAUUCUCAGAGAAGUUCCCUGGUAUUACCAAUAGUUUGUUGACACUCGAUUCCAAUUUUCGCCUUCCAUUCUACCGCGACUGGAUCUUGGCCAUGGGAAUUCGAUCUGUUUCGAAAGAAUCUAUUCGAAAUACCCUGUCUAAAGGAGGAGCUAGCAACGAUGGGCAGGGGCGGGCGGUCACAAUUGUUAUUGGAGGCGCUCGUGAAUCUCUCCAAGCCGAACCCGGAACGCUUCGCCUGAUUCUCAAAGGGCGCAAAGGGUUUGUCAAGAUGGCCCUGAGAUCGGGAGCAGAUCUAGUGCCGGUGAUUGGUUUCGGUGAGAAUGACUUGUACGAUCAACUGAGUCCGAAAACGCAUCCCAUGGUCCACAAGAUCCAAAUGAUCCUUCUGAAAGUAUUCAAAUUUACGAUCCCGGCUCUUCAUGGCCGUGGACUUCUCAAUUAUGAUGUUGGUUUGAUGCCUUACCGACGGGCCGUCAAUAUUGUGGUCGGGCGGCCUAUUGAGAUCAACGAGCCAACCGAAGAGCACCCCUCUCAAGAAGUUAUUGACAAAUACCACGAAUUGUAUGUGGAGGAAGUUGAACGGCUUUAUGACGCUUACAAGGACAAAUUUUCAAAUUUGAAUACCGUUCCUGAAUUGCGCAUUCUGUCGUAA